GGGACCCGCCGGCUGAAGAUGGCGGCGCCGCAGUGCCGGACACGCACGAUGCCGGCCUCCGCCAUAGCGGCGCUCCGCCCCGCCGCCCCGCUCUCUAUGGUCACACCGAGCGGCGCUCUAGCCCGGCCCCCCGCGGCUCCGUGAACGGCGUUACUGCGGGGGCGGCGCUGGGCCCGGCGCUGGGCGGCAGGAUGAGCACCCGGCAGGUCACCUGCAGGUACUACAUGCAAGGAGUGUGUCGGGAGGGAAACAAGUGUCUGUUCUCGCAUGAUUUGGCUACAAGCAAAUCCUCCACCAUCUGCAAGUAUUACCAGAAGGGACAGUGCGCCUACGGAACGCGCUGCAGGUACGAUCACAUCAGGCACCCACCGUCGGGGGGAGCGGCCCCCGCGCCACCUCCGCUGUCCUCGGCCGCGCCACACAGCCACCGGCCCCCUCCCGAGCACGGCGCCCCCGUCACCCGCAGCAAACUGCACGAGACGGGCAAGCGGGAGAAGAAAACGCUGGUGCUGAGGGACAGAAACCUGUGCGGCUCCAACGAAGAAAAGCAGAAGCCCAUUGCUACGGGUGAUGUGGUCUAUUGCAGCGACCAAAACGAGAAUCUGGAAAUGAAGCCCCACUCGUAUUUGGAAGCGAUUUGCAGCGGGCUGGAAGAGCCGGUCGCUGGUGGCUCCGGCGCCGAGGGAGAGCAGCUGUGUCCCUACGCUGCGGCGGGCGCCUGCCACUUCGGGGAUCGCUGCCUCUACCUGCACGGCGACGUCUGCGAGAUCUGCGGCUUGCAAGUCCUUCACCCUUUCGACCAAGAACAGAGGAAGGCUCACGAGAUGAUGUGCAUGGCGACGUUUGAGCACGACAUGGAGAAGGCCUUUGCAUUUCAGGCCAGUCAGGACAAGGUGUGCAGCAUCUGCAUGGAAGUGGUGUAUGAGAAACCAUCGGCCUCCGAGAGGAGGUUUGGGAUCCUCUCCAACUGCAACCACACGUACUGCCUGUCCUGCAUCCGGCAGUGGAGAUGCGCCAAGCAGUUCGAGAAUCCCAUCAUCAAGUCUUGCCCGGAGUGCCGUGUGAUAUCCGAGUUCGUCAUUCCCAGCGCGUAUUGGGUGGAAGACCAGGAGAAGAAAAACGAGCUGAUCGAAGCGUUUAAGCAAGGAGUUGGGAAGAAACCCUGCAAGUACUUUGAGCAAGGGAAAGGAACUUGCCCGUUUGGCGGAAAGUGUCUUUACCUUCACGCGUAUCCAGACGGGACGCGAGCUGAACCCGAAAAACCGCGCAAACAGCUCAGCUCCGAGGGGACCGUGCGGUUCUUCAAUUCGGUUCGCCUGUGGGACUUCAUUGAAGACAGAGAAAGCAGGACUGUGGCCAGCACAGACGAUGACGUUACGGAACUCGGAGAACUGUUCAUGCACCUUUCCGGGCCCGACGAGGAUUCUGCCACCUCGCAAUAAAGCGAACGCAAGGUGCUGCUCUUCGUUUAGCGCUGCUUCUCCUUUCUGCAGCACCCUGGAACGAGUGUGCCCUGUGGUUUACUUGUGCAGUCCCGGUAACGUUUUCGGAUGGUUUUUUGUAUGGCAACAAAAAUACUAAAAUAUAUUUAAAAAGUGAAAUUGAUUGCAUGGAAACAAAUCCCUUAAUCCCAAGGGGCUUUUCUCCCUCUUGGACGUAACAGCUUCUGUCUUGUGAGUUGAGUGGUGGUUUAAAUACAGCUCCUCUCUUACCAUUUAAAGCUUAAGCUGUUAAAAACUGUUGCUAAAAAUCUAUUUUGGGUGCUUUUUUCACUAAAUGUCUAUCUACAAAACCCACUGGAAAUGAUGGUCAGUGUAGCUUUUUCUUCCUUAAAAAGGAGCUUUAAGAACUAGUACGUUUAUACCUCAACCAAAGUAGUACCUGGAGGUCACAAUCAUGUUUGGGGAGCGGGUUCCCGUCCUUGGGUUAAAAAUAAUCUUGGUUUAAAAUAAUUAGAGCGUAUAGUGGCAGGAGGAGUCUCAGAGCACCUCCUGGAAGGCAAACACCACUAUACUGAUGAAUAGAUUCGGGCAGAGCAGCCACAACAUCCACCCGAAUUAAACCCACAGUGCCAACUGGAACCUGGAAACUGUAAGAGAGUCGUUACUGUCAGCGUUCAUUGCAACAGUAAUAGUUAGAUUUUUGUUCAAUUUAAUUAGUGCAAAUAUAUUUGACUGGAAGGGAAACGUUGAUUCAGUUAAUGCAAAUGAAGUAAAUGAUUUUCUGGUCUUAUGUCAGUGAUGUUACGCACAGCAGCACUGGUGACACUGCCCGCAGUGUCCUGGGAGGGACAGCAGCACAGCCCCAAUUGCUGUUAACGCAAUUAACGCACAUCUCUGCUGAAGUAACGGAAUUACAAUCAUUAAAUAACGUGGGUUGGAGAACACCCUUAAGAUCAUUAAUCCAACCAUAAAAUCGUUACUGAAUUUUACUUUUGUCAAAAAUUUAGUUCAUGUUUGUGUUGCAAAAGCAAUUUGUGGAAGUUGAGCCAAGAAGUUAAUUCUGCUAAGUCAUUUGUCGUUAACUUCGCGGUUAAAUUCAGUCUGGCCACGACUGAAAUGGUGACUGUGUGAUACAGCAUUAAAACACUUAUAUUUAAGUUUUCUCAAGCACAUUCAUACAAUUUUAAAGUAAGUAGUGGGGCAAUUUAUCCCAUGGCUGGAGGAGACUGUGUACCCGAGAGGCUGCUUAAGCACUCCAGAAAGAUUCAGUGGUGAGACUGCGGGAAUUAUUUGUGUUGUGAAGUCUAUUUAGAGACACUUGUGCAAAAACACCAGGGCGCUGCUCCGCUGGGGAAAACAGCAUCUGCGUCACCGUCAUAACGCAAACAGCGGGACCCUUCACCUCAAACCACCUGAAACAGCAGCAAGUUAGUGACACGAGGAUUAUCCGCCUGGGUUGGAGUUUCUGGGUCAACCCUGGAGCUGAGCAAUGUCCUGGAUGGAAAUACUGCAUGUCUGUAAGGGUGAGGACCUCGGCAGCUGCUGUUUAAAACCGCCACGUGACAGCACCAGGAAAGUCUUAACGCAGGAAGCCAUUAGUGUAAUUCUUCAGCGCUAAUUACAAAGGUGAAGGAAAAUACCGUAGCGCAAGGAGAGGUGGAGAACUUGCUGUAAGGUGAAGGUUCACCAGCUCUUUGUAUCCCCAAGCCCCUGGACAGCCCUUUGCCUCCCACUGAAGUUUGUUUCUAGCUGCUCUUGCACAUUUUUUCCAGAGAGAAAUAUUUUUAGUAAUAAAAUAUACCUAAAAAAAGUCAAUGGAGAGGAUGUUCUUUACCUUAAACAAGACAUUCCCGAUUUACUUUGCCCCAAGAAGUUCUAACCAGGCAACAAUAGCCUGAAAUAAAAAAAACACUUGUUUUCAAAACUAUCCAGGGACAACAUAAAGAGGAGUUUGAAUUUAAGGGCAGUACGACUUAGAAACUUAAAUACUUCACUUAGAAGCUUUCAUCUAUUUUGACGUCAAAUGCUGGUCAAAAUAAGCCUAUUUAUCAACAAUAUUUUAAUUUUUUCAAGUGACACAUGGUCAGUUUUAAAAAAUGAGGCAUUAAGAGUUUCUUUUAGGAAAUCAGAGCUAAAGCAGUUGACCAUUUCUCUUUUGUUCUCCCUUUCUUCAUCUGUUUCUUAUUGAAAUGAAGGUAAAAUGAGAGAUAAAUGACGUACCCUGACACAUAAGGACAGAAUCCCAGGCUCUUGCUUCAGGAGUGGAACCUUGGCUUCCAUCCUUGCCCUAAGGAUCAUAUUUAAACAGAAGGACAUUGGAGAAACUGAUUCUUCGAUUAAAUCUAUUGAUCAGUCACCUGUAUUUGUCAUCCGUGGAGUUCAGCCAAGACAAAACACUCCUACCUAAGGAAACAGGUUCACAGAAGAUAAAACACCGAGAUGGUUCAGUUAAGUUCCUUGAUGGUCCAUCAGUAGAUGCUGCUGAACAAUCACUACUGUAAAAUAAAAAACAUAUUGUAAAGAAUGUGAUGGGGAACCUCUGGGUUAUCAUAUCAAGUGUGUUUUUACUUGAGCUGCUAUUAUCUAUCCCAGUGAUGUUUUAAAAUCUAUUCAGAAUGUCGUUUUCUGAGGUUUUCAAAGCCAGAUGUACAUGUUAGAAAAAUGGAUGACUGCAUUAAAUGAUGACAUUGAAUCUUA